UGCCCAGACUACCCCGAGUUCUUUUUAGUUCACCAAGCGAAACCCCUAAGUACUGUUAACCCUUCUCUGCACCGCCGGAAUUAGCUUUCUCCGGCGUCUCCCUGACUUCCUCCGAUCUUUGUCGGCCACCACCACUCCAAACGUCUCGUAGGCUCCUUCAAAAACCGAACUCUGCUUGAACAGAUGUGUUUACAUGUGUCUUCUAGAAUUCAAGACGCGAGAGAUGGAAGUGAGAAGCGAGCUGAAGCAGAAAGUUUACGAUAUCUUCAAAGAGUUUAUGACCAGGUAAGUUUGUUUCUGUCACAGAUAUUUCCUUUCAAGUAUGCUGUGUUUCGUCCCUCUGUAUCUUUUGGGAUCUUGGAUUAUUGCAAUGAAUAUAGGAUCACAAAGCUUGAGGAGCUAGAUAAUGCAGCAAACAACUUUCUUCUACGCUUUCAGCAAGGACUCUGCUUGCUCAAACGCUCUCCAAUAGUCACUUCCUCCAAGUUGAUCGAAAACAUUCUCAAGAACAAUGAAACAAAACGGCUUAAAUCAUACAUAGAAGCAGGCUGUAUCAACAUCGAUGAUGCUGCACAGAGCACACGAGCUUUGCAUAUAUCUCUAAAAGGACUUUCUGACCACCUAAUCAAAGCUCAGAGCUUGUUAUCUGAGCUAGAGCGUCUCACCGAUGAGGCAGCCCUUGCAAUUGAGACUGCAACAAACCUUUCCACACAGCUAGAUGAAGAAUCAAGUGAUGAAUUACAACGGGUAGCCAGUGAUGAAGAGAAGGAGACUGUAACUUUUGCUCAAGAACCUGAAGUUACAGAGUACGCUACAGUUAUUGCAGUGGUUUACAGUAUGGUAAAACAGAACUAUGUUAUGCAGGAAAAGAUUGUGAGAGGGCUUAGUUUGAAGACAUCAUUUGAUGAACUAGGUACUUACACUAUGAUGUGGUCAUUGCGUCCGUUUGUAGAAGACGAGAUUGUAAACAGAGCAUGGAAAUGUAUCUACUGAUACACAAAGAUGAUAUGAAAGAGUUAGCAGAGAGUAGUUAAAACAAGGGUGGAAACCAAAAAGAUUGCAACAAGAGAUCCUUUGAUGACUCUUAAGCUUCAUGUGUGGUUCGCAACUUUUUUGUUUUUAAUUAGGUCAUAAACAUGUAAUACUUGUUUUUGCCUAAGGCUACACAUGUUGGUCAAUUAAAAGUUGUUUCAACACAAGACAUCUGGCCCAUAAUAAUGAAUUAAUUGGAGUGAAA